AUGGACAUCCCCAUCAGCAGCAGAGACUUCCACUGCCUGCAGCUGGCGUGCGUGGCACUUGGCCUGGUGGCCGGCAGCAUCAUCAUCGGUGUCUCCAUGUCCAAAGCUGUGGCUGCUCUGGGUGGUAUCUUUAUUGGCGCUGCUGGUCUGGGGCUCCUCAUGUUGGCCUACCCCUUCCUGAAGGCUCGGUUCAACCUGGACCACAUCCUGCCUAACUUAGGGAACCUGAGAGUCCACCCCCAUCCAGCGCCAGACCAGGGGGAGGGAAGAUCCAACGCCAAUGGCAAUAAAGAGGGAGUCCGAAGCAGCCUGGCCACUGUGAGCAGAACCUUGGAGAAGCUGAAGCCAGGGGCCCGGGGGACUGGGGAGGGCUGA